CUCCUGCUUUAAAUUAUAUUUAUGCUUCCUGAAACACCGAACCUCAUCCAUCUUGCCAUGGGGAGGAACAUACACAUAAAUAAAAGCUUAAAAGUACCCAAACGGACACAAACAGCGGAGCAUGCAUGCAAGAGACGAAAGCAUUCACAAGAGCUUUGCAGCCACCCACGCUCUUACCGUGCUACCGCUCUUGCUAGCUAUCUACAUCGUCUUCCCAAAACGAGCCUCAGUGUCGCAAUAAAGUAUCUGCCAUCUCUCUAAGUUACUAACAACUGGUUCUUUGCUUGCAAAGAAGUGGCGCUUUUCUUUUUUGGAAUCUCUGUCUUUUCUCACUAAUAUCCAAAAUGGUUGUCCAACGCGGAUUCUCGCUGCAGCUCGUGGACGCGGAGACGCAGCAGCCUUUGAAAGAGUACAUUGGUCCCAGCGGUGUCGUCCAUUACGCUCAAGCCAAACCCGGUGGGGAAUACUUUUUGAGAUUUCACGUGCUACACGAGGAAAAGACGUCCGAAGAGAGUACCAACAAGGAGAAUGACGACCAUGGAUCGAGCAUGUAUUAUUUCCGCCCGUCAGUCGAUGGAAAAGAUCUGGGAUUUUACACCAAUUUGACCGAGGCACAGGGUGCCAGAGAUGUCGGUCUCUGGACCUAUAUCAAUGGGAUUGGUACAAAUCAAGCACUCAAGUUUGACGAAGCACCUGCUGCCAAGCCGGGUUCGGUGGCAUCCACCGCCACCGAGGGAGAUGUGCCGUCCUCCGAGGCACCCGCCAAGACCGGUCCACCUCGUUUGCACAUGGGAAAUGUACAAGUGCAAGUAUCCAAAGCCGUCUUCACGGGAUAUCAAAAGCGUGUAUAUGCCACGGUUCCAGCCCUUACCCAGGAAGAGACCGUGGUAGCGGAAACAGCGGUUUCCAUCUCUGCCAAUUCCUCAGUUCAGGAAGUCGAGGAGGAGGAAGUCAGCAGCAAAGGAGCGAAUAAUGCAAAAGACAAGGAUAACUCCCAAGAUUCCAACAAGACCGAAGGAAGCAUGGAACCAGUCGCUGUCUUGAGGUCACGAGAGGGAAAGGCUCGUUUUGAGCAGAAAUUCACAGAGGAGUGCCCCACAUACAAACCAGGAGAGUUGGUGGAAACCAUCACCAUUCAUUAUGGAAGCACAGAAGCAUUGAUUCAAGCCGGGGUCUUGCUUCCUGGUGGAACAGUGCCACAAUAUGUCAAGGUCGCUCCGGCUCCAGUGCAAGAAGUCACGACGGAACAAGUCAAAACCAUCCGAGAGGAUGCAUCUGCAACGACCGGGGAGAGGCCAGUGGCAUCCGGUCCCUUGUUGGAUGCGUCGGCUUCCACAGCACCGAGUGGCACCAAAAGGUUUCAUGACGAGAACGAGGUGUCUGUAGACGAUACGAACACUGAAGAUGGAGUAAAGCCUCCCCCCACCAAAAAGCCGUGUCAGGAAGUCAGUGUACUCAAACCUGAGCCCCUGUCAAAAACUGCUGUCUCUACCAAGUAGGCGUUUGUCAGAAUGAGCGAACGUCGAUCUUACGAUAUUUGAGUGCAUCAUUCAGCCUGUGAAGGAUACUGUGAGAUUUGGCUGUGGAGCAUACUUUUGCUUGUGGUGAGUUGCUUCCACUUUUUCUUUACAGAAAUGAAUCAACCAAAGAGUCGAAUCUUGAAUUUGGUGAUGUAGAAUGGGGCAUUUGGGCGACGUCCAUUGUGCACCACAAGUAGGCAAUGAAGAUGUAGUUUCUACUCGAGUACCAUUUUUAAUGAAGCAUAGAUGACAGUGUCGUG